AUCAACGGAAUGACUAUCGCAUUAGGUCUUUCGGUCUGUGCUCUCUUUGUACUCGGAAAUGUGGUACCCAGCAACUCUCAGCAAUGGGCAGUAUAUCCUAUGAUGAAACCACGGGGAUUGGAUAAACCCUCACAGAUUCUGGAAAAUGGAUUUGGAGAUCAACAUCUGGAUAACCUUACACAGUCGCAAUCUCAAUCGCAAUCGCAGCUGGUGUCGCAGAUCCUGCCUUCUGAUGCUUCUCUAGGGGGAGGUCAACCUAAGGAUAUUAUCCGUCUUUCGGGGAAACCGAUUACUCGACCUCUGCCCCACCUGUCCCCAAUCUCAUUUUGGGUACGAGAGGCGCAGUUGCAGAAACAGUUGCGGGAACAAUCGCAGGCACAGUCGCACGCACAGUUGCAGGCACAGUCGCAGGCACAGUUGCAGGAACAGGCACAGUCGCAGGCAAAGUUGCAGGCACAGUCGCAGGCGCAGUUUCAGGAACAGGCACAGUUGCAGGCACUGUUGAUGGAACAGGCACAGUCGCAGGCACAGUCGCUGGCACAGUCACAGGCGCAGUUGCAGGAACAAUCACAGGCGCAGUUGCAGGAACAGGCACAGUCGCAGGCACAGUCGCAGGCAAAGUUGCAGGCACAGUCGCAGGCACAGGCACAGUCACAGUCACAGGCGCAGCGGCAGGAACAGGUACAGUACCUGGCACAUUCGCAUGCACAGUUGCAGGCACGGUUGCAGGAACAGGCAGUGUGGCAGGCACAGUCGCACGCACAGUCACAGGCGCAGUGGCAGGAGCAGACACAGUCACUGGCACUGUCACAUGCUCAGUUGCAGGCACUGUUGCAGGAACAGGCACUGUGGCAGCCACAGUCGCAACCACAGUUGCUGGAACAGUUGCAGGCACUGUUGCAGAAACUGGCACAGCCACUGGCACAAUUGGAGGCACAGUUGAAGGCACAGCCGCAGGCUCAUACGCAGGAACAGGCACAGUCGGAGGUACACUUGCAGGAACUGUUGCAGGUAUAUGCACAGCCACUGGCACAGUUUGAGGCACAGUUGCGGGAACAGUCGCAGGCAAAGUCGCAGACACAGGAACAGGCACAGUCGCAGGCACAAUCACAGGCGCAGUGGCAGGAACAGGCACAGUACCUGGUACAGUACCUGGCAAAGUCGCAUGCACAGUUGCAGGCACUGUUGCAGGAACAGGCAGUGUGGCAGACACAGUCGCACGCACAGUCACAGGCGCAGUGGCAGGAACAGACACAGUCACUGGCACUGUCACAUGCUCAGUUGCAGGCACUGUUGCAGGAACAGGCACAGUCGCAACCACAGUCGCAGGCGCAGUUGCAGGCACUGUUGCAUAAACUGGCACAGUCAUGGGCACAGUUGCGGGCACAGUUGGAGGCACAGCCGCAGGCUCAUACGCAGGAACAGGCACAGUCGGAGGUACACUUGCAGGAACUGUUUCAGAUACAUGCACAGUCACUGGCACAGUUGAAGGCACAGUUGCGGGAACAGUCGCAGAAACAGUCACAGGAACAGGCAAAGUUGCAGGCACAGACGCAGGCACAGCAACACGCACAGUCGCAGGCACAGCAACAAGCACAGUCGCAGGAGCAGGCACAGUCGCAGGCACAGAUACAGUAUCAGUUGAAAUCACAGCUACAGUCUAAUUUACAGUCGCAGGCACAGGAACAGUCAGAGUUAGAUGCACUGAAACAGUCUGGCAUCCAGCAGCUCGCUUCUGGUCAGUUGAAUCCCCAAGCAUCCAAGCAACCAGCUUAUAUCUUAGAUACGCUUCCAAUGCCACGACCUCAGUAUGCGGUACUUCCAUCUCAGAAUGGGCCAGCUCAGCAGGACCCAAAUUCUCGUUACGAGAUAAUUCCGAGUCGUUCAAGAGGUAUACGCCUGAGACCGUAUAUCUCAGUUCCUCCUCAUAGCAAACAAGAUCAACCUCUGUAUAACAAUGAAAGAGAUCGUAACAUUGCACAAUUGGAAAGACAACAACAUCUUAUUAAUUUAGUUCCUGCCCUCCAGCUAAGUCCAGCAAUCCCAGCCAUUGAACAACAAUUGCCGUUAGGAUUACAUUCACAACAAAAUUCACAAUCUUCUGGAUCACAGUCCCAAUUUCAGUCACAGUUAGAUUCACAGUCUUCCGGAUCACAAUUACAAUCACAGACUAACUCGCAAUCAUCUGGAUCACAGUCCCAAUUGCAGUCACAGUUAGGCUCAGAAUCAACUGCAUCACAGUCGCAGUCGCAGUCACAGCUUAAUUCCCAGUCUUCGAAAUCACAGUCCCAAUCGCAGUCACAGCAUAAUUCCCAGUCUUCGAAAUCACAGUCCCAAUCGCAGUCACAGAGUAAUUCCCAGUCGUCAGGAUCUCAGUCCCAAUCGCAGUCACAGCUGAAUUCACAGUCUUCAGGAUCACAGUCACAAUCGCAGUCACAGUCUUCAAGAUCAGAGUCGCAAUCAAAGUUGCUAUCACACAUUCAUGGGCCUUCCACAUAUCGGGACUCUUUAGCUGAACCCAAUCCACAGAGUCAACAAAAUCCUUUAAAAAAUGCUAAAAUCAAUGUGAUUACUUCUGUGUACACAGUAGACAGUCCACCAAAUUACCUCAGCCAGGCGGACAUCUUGGACAAUUCCAAGCUGACAUCUGUUGACCUGAUUGAGAAGUACGGCUAUCCAUCUGAGACCAAUUACGUGAACUCCGAAGACGGCUACAAGCUUUGUUUGCAUCGCAUUCCGCGUCCUGGUGCUCAGCCAGUUUUGCUAGUCCAUGGCCUAUUGGCCAGUUCUGCCUCCUGGGUGGAACUUGGGCCCAAGGAUGGACUGGCAUAUAUCCUUUACCGGAAGGGUUACGACGUCUGGAUGCUGAAUACCCGAGGCAACAUAUACUCCCGAGAGAAUUCGAAAGUACCACGAAAGUAUUGGGACUUCUCCUUCCACGAGAUCGGCAAGUUCGAUGUGCCGGCUGCCAUCGAUCACAUUCUGAGUCACACCAAGAAGCCGAAGAUCCAAUACAUUGGCCAUUCCCAGGGCUCCACUGCAUUCUUCGUGAUGAACAGCGAGAGACCCCAUUAUGCAAAGAAGGUGCAUCUAAUGCAGGCCCUCUCACCAACGGUUUAUCUGCAGGAGAACCGCAGUCCGGUGCUCAAGUUCCUCGGAAUGUUCAAGGGCAAGUAUUCGAUGCUGCUGAACCUCCUGGGCGGCUACGAGAUCUCAGCCAAAACGAAGCUCAUCAAGCAGUUCCGCCAGCACAUUUGCUCCGGAUCGGAGAUUGCCAGCCGCAUCUGCGCCAUCUUUGACUUUGUGCUCUGCGGCUUCGACUGGAAGAGCUUCAAUAAGACCCUCACUCCCAUUGUGGCUGCCCAUGCCUCCCAAGGCGCCUCCGCCAAGCAGAUCUACCACUAUGCACAGCUGCAGGGUGACCUGAAUUUCCAGCGUUUCGACCAUGGAGCAGUCCUGAAUCGCGUUCGCUACGAGUCCAGCGAGCCACCAGCCUACAAUCUUUCGCAGACGACCAGCAAAGUGGUGCUCCAUCACGGCGGAGGCGACUGGCUGGGCUCCACCUCGGAUGUGGUCCGGCUGCAGGAGCGUCUGCCCAAUCUCGUCGAGAGCAGGAAGGUCGGUUUCGAAGGCUUCUCCCACUUCGACUUCACGCUCUCCAAGGAUGUUCGUCCCCUACUCUACAGUCACGUCCUGCGGCACAUGUCAGAUCAUCUCAGUGGAUAGGACAAUUACUGCUUAAAACACUUGUUAGGUUUCGUCAAUCGAAGAAUUUCAAUAAAAUUCUUACUAUCAUAAGAGUGAAACUAUGAAA